GAGGGGAGGGGAUGGGUGCCUCAGCCAAUAGGGGGAGGCCAGGGCUGGGAGAGGCUGCCCCCCUGUGAUGUGAUGAUGCAGAGGAUGAGGAUGCACUGAGGCUGCACCGUCUGAUGCUCCAGGAGACGACGUCCAUACUGAAGACUGAAGGCUGUAUCAGGAGAAGAAAUCCUACAAAUUCCCCCAAGACAAGAGCCAUAAGCCGCGGUCAUGAAUUUCCUCCGCAGACGUCUCUCGGACAGCAGCUUUGUGGCUAACUUGCCCAAUGGCUACAUGAUGGAUCUUCAGAGGCCGGACAACUCCACCAGUAAUCCUGUGUCCCCAGCACUGGAAAGGAAGCAGCAGCCUCCUCAGCAGGUCCCAGCGACCUCCACUUCUACCCCUGGAUCCGGCCUCUUCAGCUCCAUCAGCAAUGCAGUAAAACAGACCACCCAGGCUGCUGCGGGGCUCGUGGAACCCACAGGACCUCCUGCCCCUCCUGUGGUCCUGAAGCCCAAAAUUCUCCUGGUCAUUGAUGAUGCACAUACAGAUUGGGCCAAGUAUUUCAGAGGAAAGAAGGUGAACAAGGAUUACGAGAUCCGAGUGGAACAGGCCGAAUUCUGCGAGCUCAACCUGGCGUCGUACGUGAAUGGCGGCUGUAUGGUGGAUAUGCAAGUUAUGAGAAACGGCACCAGGGUGGUCAGAUCCUUUAAGCCGGACUUUGUUCUGAUCCGACAGCACGCGUACAGCAUGACCCUCGGAGAGGAUUUCCGCAGCCUGAUCCUGGGACUACAGUAUGGAGGGGUCCCGAGCGUCAACUCCCUGUACUCCAUCUAUAACUUCUGCAGCAAACCCUGGGUGUUUUCACAGCUCAUAAAGAUCUUCCAUAGACUGGGCGCAGAGAAGUUCCCGCUGAUCGAUCAGUCCUUCUUCCCAAACCACAAGCAGAUGCUGACGACACCAAAUUUUCCAGUGGUGGUGAAAAUGGGACACGCUCACGCAGGAAUGGGCAAGGUAAAGGUGGACAACCAGUAUGACUUCCAGGAUAUGUCCAGCAUCGUGGCGAUGGCGAAGACCUACGUGACCUCCGAGCCCUUCGUAGACUCCAAAUACGACCUCCGCAUCCAGAAGAUCGGGAAUAACUACAAGGCUUAUAUGCGCACAUCAAUUUCCGGCAACUGGAAGGCGAACACCGGCUCAGCCAUGUUGGAGCAGAUCGCCAUGACUGACAGAUACCGGUUAUGGGCGGACUCCUGCGCGGAGAUGUUUGGCGGGUUGGACAUUUGCGCCGUGAAAGCCGUGCACAGCAAAGACGACAAAGAUUACAUCAUCGAGGUAAUGGACAGCUCCAUGCCGCUGAUCGGAGAACACGUGGAGGAAGACCGCCAGCUGGUGGCUGAUCUGGUGGUGGCUAAGAUGACGCAGCACGUCCAGAUGAUAUCUCCAGCAGCCCCCGUUUCGAGAAAUCAGCCGCAACAGAUGCAGCCACAGGCGGUCAAACCUCAAAUGCAGCCCCAGCCGGGUCCACCAGGAGUGGUGGGGGGUGCCCCGACUUCAGCCCAGCCAAGACCUUCCCCUCAAGGUGGGGUUCGUCCGGCACAAGGUGUGCCCCCUCCCAGGACAGCGACCACCCAGCAGCAGAGGCUUUCACCGCAGGGACAGCAGCCCUCCCAGAAUUCUCAGCCCAGCUCGCCGCAGGUUCAGAGGUCAUCGAAUUCCCCGCAGCUCCCGAGACCUGCCAGUGCAACUUCUCCAGGACAGACACCCACUAAGUCUGCUUCUGGGUCCCCCCAACUAUCCAGACCCCCAGCACAGGGGCAGGCACAGAACCAACCGCCACCUCCUGCAACGGCAAAGACUCAACCGGCACCUCACCCGCAUCUCAAUAAAUCACAGUCACUGACCAACAAUUUCAAUAUCUCGGAUCCGUCCCAACGAAGCACCAGCCAUGAGGAUGAAGCGAAAGCUGAAACCAUUCGCAACCUGAGGAAAUCCUUUGCUAGUCUGUUCUCUGACUAAUAUUGCGACCAUAUCACCUUCUGCUGCUGAGGAAUAUGAUCUCCCUAAAGCCACCCAAACAAAUGCAAUGCGAAAGGCAGAUCCCCACCCUGACACCUCCCGCCCUAUCCUACCAGAUGACCCUUCUGUAUAGACUUUCCCUAACAGUAACCACGUCCCGUCUUCCUGGGACCUUCAUAGGCUCCUCAGCUUCAUGAAUGUUUUUAACUAUUGGAAUCAGAACCUGAAGCUCAGAAGAGUCGUCUGAAGGACGCUGGGUCCUUCACCUCCAGAUCGCUCCCGUGGUGUCCCGCAUCUACAUAGCUUACCGAGCAUGAGUCUGUGUUCUGAUGUCUCGUACCCGUGGUGCUCAACCCUCAUCCUCAGGAACCCAAAACUGAUCGAGAACAAGGAGUAUUCUGGAGAGACUGGCAUUUAGCCUCACCUUUAAGGGGUACUCCGCCCCUAGACAUUUUAUCCCCUAUCCAAAGAUGUCUGAUCGUGGGGGUGACGCCGCUGGGACCCCGCAAUCUCGGCUGCAGUACCCCAGACAUCCAAUGAAUGGAGCCAACUUCGCUCCGUGCCGGAUGACUGAUGAUGCAGGGUGGAGACUUGUGACGUCACGGUUGCACCCCGCCCAUGACGUCACGGCUACACCCCCUCAAUGCAAGUCUAUG